AUGCGAGCGGCAAGGGCUGGUAGACCAGCUCAAGCGAUUGAGAGAGCUCGACCUUUGCGACAGACUCAAAAAGAAAGAAUCCAGAUGGGCCGAGGCGGCCAACCUACGAAGAGCUGGCUUACGGACUCGGCAUCGGCAUCACGUAGGAUUUCCUUCAACAAGAAAGAGAGCCCAAGUCCUGAAACAGUGGAAGAUGUGACACCUGUAAGUGAAGAUAGAGAAGCACCAAUUCCACAAGAUAAAGCUGUCAGCCCAUGGAAAACUGGAGUCCAUCAAAGAAGUACUGAAGAGACUCGACCAAGUCAACAGGAAAUUGGUAGUGAAGAUAGAACCCGGAUUCUACUAUCCCUAUCCUUCUUUCUCAAUAGCUCCUAUUCCAAAAUACACCCACUUUCGCUGACUGAACCCAGAAACCGUUACUCACCGUCACUGACUCGUGACGCUGAACGACACAUUCUAAAACGAAAGCGCACACUAGAAAGUGCUUCUCAAUUAUAUCGAGCCUUCGCUCCACUAGCCUUGAUUGGCGGAUGGAAGUACCAAGGUGCGUCUGGUGGUAUCGUAUAUAAAAGAACUGCUUCAUUUAGGAGUGAUCUGUUCAAAAAACUAAAAGGUUGGGAAGUAAGACGUCCGGUUCACCAGGUUCUACCACUGCAGGGCCCAGUUGCCAUUCUCCCUUUACUAAAGUCGUCCAAGGGACAGGAUCCCAGGCUUUUGAAAUGCGGAUUUGGUCUAUCUUUAAGAAGCGGUGGUCAUACGAGAGUAUGGCUCCGCAUGGGGUGUCGUGGAAGCCCCACUCUCCACCAUAACAGGGGCCGACGGUCGAAUAGAUCGUUAGGAGAGGUUGUCAUCAUGACCGCUGAGGUUGUGGUGAUGGAAGCUGAUUCUUAA